AUGCCUGAGAGCGAGGUUUCCGCUCCCCCCAAGGCUGAGGCGACCGAGUCGCAUGCUGCCGAGAAAAGCAGCCCUACACAGGCCUCGGCUGGAAGAGCCACCCCCCGCUAUGCCAGCGCAACCGCUACUUCGACGGUAGCCAGGACGUCGGUCGGCCCUGGUGCGCGAUCUCCCGCCUUGAACAAGACGCACACUCGUUCAUCCCCCUCGGUACAUCGAUCUACUGCUUCCACGUCCGGGCUGGGUCAUCGAAGCGGUGCCAGCGUCGGUGCGGGCGACGAUGCCGUCAAAUCUGCAUCGCGAAGAGAGAGCACCGUCGUUUCAGCAGAGAAAAAGGCCGGUGCGACAUCCACUACCGCCACCGCCCGUCGAUCCACCGUUGGUGUCGGUGCGGCAAGUCCCAAGCCCACUGUUGGCCAACGGACCAAGCCGAGCGGGAGCUCCGAGUCGUUGUCUUCGACCAGGACACCAGUCUCUCGAAGCGCUGUUUCAUCGAGCGCCGCAGCCGAUGCACGGAAGAGACCAGCUGCACCGGGCAUAGUCACUGGGGCCUCACGACCGUCCACACGAACCUCGGUUCGCGACGCUCACAUUGACAGCCCUAAACUUGACGAGUUAAAUUCCAAGCUAGCCGACAAGGACAAGGAAAUUGAGUCUCUCAAAACAGAACUGACCACGUUCGAAAGCACCGUGGCCGAACUUCGCCAGCAACUCGAGACCAGUGGCCAGCAAGCAGAGGAUGGCGGUUCUAACGAGGAGCAAAAGGACGCGCCAGACGCGCCCAAGACUGAUUACGAUGCCAUCAUACGUGAUCUGGAAGCUCAGCUGCAGGAGAAAGCUGACAAGCUUCGUGCUGUGGAUGCAGAGCUCUCCGAGGCUGCUCACGCUAAAGAGCAGGGAGGAGAAACCCUCGAGGAGCUGCAGAAGGAGCUUGAGAGUCUAAAGCUCGAAAACCAAGAGAGGAUCAAGGCAACAGAAAGCCAGGGAGGAGAAGCUCUCGAGGCACUGCAAAAGGAGCUCGAGGCCUUGAAGCUUGAAAACCAAGAGAAGAUCAAGGAGGCGGAGAACCAGGCCGCAGAAGCCCGUGAUGCUCUGCAGAAGGAGCUUGACAGCCUGAAGCUCGAAAACCAAGAGAAAAUCAAGGCAACGGAAAGCCAAGGAGGAGAAGCCCUCGAUACUCUGCAGAAGGAGCUGGAAAGUCUAAAGCACGACAGCGAUGAGAAGCUCAAGGCUGCGGAGGCCCAGGCGGCAGAGGCACGCGAUGCGUUGCAGAAGGAGCUGGAAAAUCUAAAGCACGAAAGCGAAGAGAAGCUCAAGGUUGCCGAGGCCCAAGCUGCCGAGGCUCGCGAUACGCUGCAGAAGGAGCUUGAGAGUGUGAAGCUUGAAGGCGAGGAGAAGCUCAAGGCAAAGGAGAGCGAAUAUGAGCAAGCCAUACGUGACUAUGCCGCCCAGGUCGAGAAGCUGCAGGCUUCUGUCUCCGACAAGGCAGAGUCAGACACUGCGGUGGCAGAUUUGCAAUCCAAGUUUGACGCGACUGUUCAAAACCUGCAGCAGCAGGUUGACGAAUUAACCGCUUCGAAGACCGAACUGGAAUCAACCAUUGAGUCAGUCAAGACUGAGCGCGAUGAGCUCAGCGGCAAGAUUGCCCAUCUCGAAAGCGAAAUCCUGGAGUUCAAGACCAGGCUCGCAACAUCGGAGACGGCAAUCAAGGAGGCUGAGUCCAACGCAGACAGCGACAAGCUGAAGAUUCAAAGCGAGUUGGCCGCUCGGGGCGCAGAGCUUGAAGCCACCCGCAAGAGCGAAGCUGAGCUGCAAAGCACAGUUGGGGAGCUGAAAGCUACGCUAACCAGCAAGGACGAGGAGGUCGCUAGCUUGAAGGCCAUGCACGACGAGCGCCUGAAGCAGAUUUCUCAAGACUACGAAAACGAAAUUGAAAGUCUUCGUGGCGAUGCCUUCUUCAAGCGAAGAUUCGAGGAGUUGGAAAAGCAGCACAACGAGCUACAGACAUCCGCGGCCCAAGAUUCAGAGCAGCACGCAAAGGCCCUAGCAGAGGCGGAAGAGCGCCGCUUGUCAGCCGUCAAUAUCCUCGAGGCAAAGCAAGCGGAAUACGAGGCGGAGCUUGACAAGAUACGAAACCUUCACGCCGAAGAGUUGACAUCUGCCAAAACUAGUGCCGCAGAAGCCUUGGAUGCUCAUGUCAAGGAACUUGAUGCCAUCAAGGCUCGAUGCGACGAGCAGCUUCGUCUUGCGUUAGCAGACGGAGAGGCUUCAUCUGCCGAAUUCUCCAAGUCUCUUCAAACUUCUCAUGAGAAGCUGGUGGAUGAGCUCAAGAGACAACAUGAAGAGGAGAAGCAAGAACUGGUUGCUGCCCAUCAAUCCAACCUGACAGCAGCCACCAGUCAGCACGAGUCAGCUUUGGCCACGCUGCAAACAGAGCUUGAGCAGGCCACCGCGCUGCUGGAGAAGACGAAAGCCAUCAACAUCCAGGAACUGGAGGAGGCCAAGCGUGAACUGCACGGCACACAUGCCGCUGAGAUUGAGAAACUCGCCGCUGCGCACACCGACGCAAGUUUCUCGCUCAAGGAAGAAGGGCUUCAGAUGAAGCAACAGCUAAACGAGCUGCAAGCUGUGUACCGGCAAAUGGAGACUGCUCUGGAUGAUUCCAAGGCCAAGAACGCCAGCCUGGAACAGCAAUUGUCAGCCCAGGCCGCCACCGCCGGAACCCUCCAGGAGUCUCUGCAAAAGAUGCAGGAGCAGCUCGUUGCCGCCCAAGCCGAGGCCGACGAGCUCAGCCAGCAGCUUGCCCAGGAAAAGAUGGAGCGCAUGGUUGCCCUGGCCGAGUUGGAUGCCGUCAAGAGGCCUCAGGACUCGACGGCUCUCAACAACCUCAAGGCUGAGCUCGCUGCCGUCAGGGCAGAGCUGCAAGCCACUCAGGCCGAGCUGAAGAAGAAGGAAGAUGUCGCUCGGAAUGAUUACAACGACUUGAACGAUAGCAUGACUACGUUGCUGGAGGAGGCCAACAAGAAGUCGACCGAGUCACAGCUGCAAGUCGAGCAGUUUAUGAAGAAGCUCGAGGACGCAGAUGACAAGUACGAUCAACUGCUGGCCCAGUUCAAGAUCAAGAAUGCAGAGCUAGCCGAGGCCGAGGCUCAAGCCGCUCUGUACAAGUCCAACAGCGGCAGGACCGGCAACGCCGGCUUAGAUGACUCAGCCGAAGGCGACGAAGAUCACUCUUCAACAGCAUUAGCUUUGCUCAGCAAAGUUAGAUUGACGGCGAAGCAAGUCGAUACUCUCGAUCGGGAGAUGAGAGACCGCAACUUACAGUAA